AACGUUAGUUAAGUUUAAACUGUCAACAAACUGAAACCAGUCGUCUCCAUGUUCGCACACGCCUCUGCUCGCUUGUGUGAACCAGCUUUUCUACAAUAAAUGUGAGUCUAUUCAGAGAGUCAGAGGAACCAGACACACGUUUAAUGUUGGGCAUUUAAAUAAGGCAGACAAAAAGACAUGGAAACCUGCGUUAUGUCCGCGCUGGACAGACCCGCGGCGGAGCUGACCGUCAUGGAUGUGUACGACAUAGCGGCGGUGCUCGGGCGGGAGUUCGAGCGGACCAUCGACCGGUUCGGGUGCGAGUCUCUGGUCGGGGUGGUGCCCAAAGUGGUCCGGGUGCUGGAGCACCUUGAGGCGCUGGUGAGCCGCGGAGCCGCCGGACAGGAGGCCGAGGAGCUGCGGAGGGAGCUGGAUAGGCUGCGGCAGGAGCGCAGCGACAGAUACAAGCAGGAGAGGAAGCACCAGAAGGAUUUGGAGGUGGUGGAGGACGUGUGGAGAGGAGAAGUCCAGGACCUGCUUUCACAAAUCACUCAGCUUCAGACGGAGAACAAGAGGCUGUUAGUGAGCCUGCCUCUCAAAGAGUCCCCCGUCAUAGAGGAAGACCUGCAGAAACAGGAAGGAAUGUCAGAGAAGGAGAGGCAGAUGAUGAAGAAACUGAAAGACUUGGUGGAUAAGCAGAGGGAUGAAAUCCGGGCUAAAGACCACGAGUUGACGCUAAAAAACGAGGAUGUUGAGGCGCUCCAGAUGCAGCAGCAACGGUUGAUAAGAAUCAACCAGGACCUCCGUCACAGGAUAGGAGUGAUGGAGGCUCAGGGCAAGGCACUGAUCCAGCAGAGGGCCGAGCUGGAAGCUACAGCCCAGGCGCAGCAGCAGGAGCUGGGGGCUCUGCAGCAGGAGGUCAACAGACUGAGAGAGGAGCUCCGGGGGUGGGAACUGGAGAGAGAGGUCGCUGACAUAGAAGAAACAUCUCUUUCCAGAUCUGGGAUGUCGUCACCUGCAUCACCACAGAUGACGCCUCCUGUAGUAGCGCCAUCUAACUCCACCAUCAAACCAAAGUCAGUGUGGGUGGAGUGUGGAGACGACCCGGACUUCCUGGCAAACUGCUUCGAGUGUGACAAGAGUCCUUCCCUUCUCCCGAGGUCGUUAAACGAAGAAAAAAACGAGGAAGACGGUGACUUUGAUGAGGACACAACAGCAUUGUUUCUGAAGGUGUCAACUGAUACAGAGCCACAGGAGGAGACAGACAGCCUGGAGGAGGAGCCAGACAAACCCCGUUUCACCCUGCAGGAGCUGCGGGACGUCUUGCAGGAGAGGAAUGAACUCAAGGCCCAAGUGUUUGUGCUACAGGAAGAGUUGGCAUAUUACAAAAGUGAGGAGUUUGAGGAUGAUGUCUGCUCCGUUAUCUGUGCUCCAUCUCCUCCGCCAUGCUCCAGUUUCACUGAUCAGCCUGAAUCAGGAAUUAGACGCCUGAUCUUCACUGCCAUAAUGCCGAUGGUGGCAGCCGGUUUGAUUGCAGACGACCCCACGUUGUUGCCAAUCAGAAGACUUGUUUGCUCUGUAUGACCUCAAGUUUAAAUUCUUCUUUUAGGAAUGCUCUUAUUUUUCCCGACCACCAGUUUGUUUCUCUCAACACAGUUUCUAAAUAGACAUAAUGACAAGAAUGUGUUUAAUGGCUGCAUUAUUAUUUUAAACUCAAUCUGUAUGGUGUAUAUGAAACUGAUGAAACUUUGAUGGAUGAAACACUGGUGUCUAAUUUUACUAAACAUUUUGUAAGCGCUUUAGCUAACUUUGUAAGCGCUUUAAAUCUACCUUAGUAAUUCAAAUGUAAGACAACUGGCCAUGACCGGCCUCUUUUAUGUGUAUUUAUGAGCUCUCAGGCUUUAUAAAAUGUCAUCACCUGUCAGUGCGCCACUUUAUAUAAGCUGUGCUUUAUUAAUUGUAAUGCUGUAAUGUCAAAUGAGUGCCCAAGUUUCUCACUGCGUCCAAAUAACAUGAUGUUACUCUGCUAUAUAGUGUACAGGAUUUGCUCACCAGUUUAGUUUUGUACCUGCAGUACAGUAUGGAGUAUUCCCCAGAGUAUCAACUGAGUUUUCACAAGCACUUUCAAGUUCCUUAGCAGUCUCUUGUGUCAUUUAUGUUUAUAUGAGGUUAAGAUCUGAUGGCAAAUUAUGAGUCUGGUUUCAAGGUGCGUGAAUAAGAUUGAUGAUCGUGUUCCUUCUGUUUGAAAUAAUGUGCUUACUGCCAGUCAUACCCUGAAUUGAUGAAAAGAGGAUGUUACUGUAUACUUGCAGCACAACAGUGUGGCGCCACACUCUGUGGGUUACACUAGUGCAAUCAUACUGGUAAAAACACCAGAAGAAACCUAUUCCAACAAUAAUGAGUACUGUAAAAACUAUGCAAUAUGUUAUGGGUUGCAUCUGUAAAAUAAUGUUUAAAAUAAAGUUUUAUUUUUCAUCUUUUU